AUGACCAAGGCCUGCCCCAUCACGAUCGCGACGGCGACCGUCGCCGCCCUCGGUGGCCUCCACCUUCUCCAGAAGCAGUACCUCGCGUCGAAGCGCCACAGCUGCCAGCGCCAGCGCGUGACGCUGGACCCGCGCGCGACCUUGCACACGUGCAAGAAGUCGAGCUAUCAGUACGAGACGUACGAGAUCGACUAUACCAUGCACCACGACCACCGCGAGAAGCUCGCUGCGCGCAUGCGCGCCCUUGCGUCGCCGCAGUCGGCCAUUCUUCUCCACGGCGGCACCCAGAUCGGCGAGUACGACACGGACACGGACAUUCCGUUCAAGCAGGAGAGCAUGUUCCAGUACCUCUUUGGCGUCAAGGAGCCCGACUGCGCGGGUGCGAUCGACCUCGCGACGAACGAGUCGAUCCUCUUUGUGCCGCGUCUCUCGGCCGAGUGGGCGCUUUGGUGCGGCGACCGCAAGCCGCUCUCGUGGUUCCAGUCGUUCUACGGCGUCGACCACGUGCACUUCACGGACGAGAUUGUUUCCGUGCUCAAGGCGCGCCAGGUCGCGCACCUCUAUUUGCUGCAGGGUGUCAACCUCGACAGCGGCGUGACGACGACGACGACGUCGACGUUUGACGGUAUCGACGCCUUCACGACGGACCUCGAGACGCUGCACCCGCAUCUCGUCGAGUGCCGCGUGACCAAGUCGCCGAAGGAGCUCGACCUCCUUCGUUGGGUGAACCGCCUCAGCUCCAAUGCGCACAUCAAGGUGCUCGAGACGAUCGAGCCCGGCAUGGUCGAGUUCCACGCCGAAGCCAACUUUCUCCACGCGUGCUACGCGCAGGGCGGCGCGCGCUUCCACGCGUACACGUGCAUCUGCGGCAGCGGCCACAACGGCUCGGCGCUGCACUACGGCCACGCUGGCGCGCCGAACGACAAGGUCCUCGACGACGGCGACCUCUUCCUCAACGACAUGGGCGCCGAGUACCACGGGUACGCGUCGGACAUUACCGUCACGUUCCCGGUCAACGGCGUGUUUACGGCCGACCAAAAGUUCAUUUACGAAGGUGUCUUGAAGGCGCAUGACGCGGUCAUCGCAGCCAUGAAGCCGGGCGUCGAGUGGACUGAGAUGCACUUGCUCUCGCAGCGCGUGCUCACGCAGCACCUCCUCGAAGGCGGCCUCUUCCAGAACGGCACGGUCGACGAGCUCAUGGCCGCUGAGAUCAGCGCGUACUUUUACCCGCACGGCCUUGGCCACCUCAUGGGCCUGGACGUGCACGACGUUGGCGGCUACCUCCCGGGCACGACCCGCACCGACACGCGCAUGCUCCGCAAGCUCCGUGCCGGCCGCAAGCUCGAGGAGAACAUGGUCAUCACGGUCGAGCCGGGCUGCUACUUUAUCGAAGGCCAGAUCGAAGAAGUGCUCUCGUCACCCGAGACGGCAAAGUUCAUCAACCAGAAGAUGCUCGCGCGUUUCCGCAAGACGGGCGGCGUCCGUAUCGAAUCGGACGUCAUCGUGACGGCCACGGGCGCCGAGAACAUGUCGCACUUGGUCCCGCGCACGGUCGCCGAUGUCGAAGCCGUCAUGGCCCGUCGCUAA